CUAACGCUCGAUUUCAUGAGAGUCGGCCGCGCUCUUGGAAGUUUAUGACUCUUGGUCUAUAGGGGUCAUCAGCGACCUUCAGUUAAGUAAUAAACUGCUGGUCUUCCUAUUUUCGCAUGCUAAUAUGUUGAGGGUGUUCGGCUGGACUAUUGCGCGGCGCCAGAAUGUGUUCGUCCAUUACUCUUGCCUACUCCGAAAUAUUUAUGCGAUCAACUUGGUUGUUGGGUAGUCGCAAGUUAGCUCUUUGGAUGACCAUGCUCCCUGUCAGCAUCUAAGCAUUACAUCAUAUUAUGCGCAUGAUCCCUGGCGAAUCUACCUGGUUUAGAUCUCGACAGGCGCAGGCUUGUCAUACCUCACCAUGGUGUGGUUCAUGUUGAGUCCAUCACUACAAGAAUCCCUGGCAUUUCACUCAAUACCAGCUAUUUGUGCAGGCAUAGAAGCUGUCUUCCAGAACGAAUGCCGUACAAUCCCCCUGCGCGAAGAUUUUGCACGAGGAUUCCUUUGUAGCGUGGUUGCUGGAUUUCUCUCAUCUUGCAUCGAUAUACGAUAACGGCAAAAUCAGAAUCGCCGUGGUUUCACAUCGUUUUGGGGCCUCUUCAUGUCUUGGAUAUUGAGUUAUUUUUCCGCGAUGGUUCUUAUGGAUCCUAGGUAUUAAGUUAGUAUCUGUGAGAACAGAACGAGGAGAUAAUAUUAUAUAGCCAUGGGAAGGAAAACAAGAUGCACUUAUUACGAUUUCUCAGACUUUCCGCACAGGCACGCUCAAAUUCGAGGUCCCUGGAAUCAACCACCGCUAAAACAAUUUCAGACUCCUGCGGAUUUCUAUCAUGGACAACAGGGGUCGGACGUUACGAUGUUCUGUCACCUUCCGCCGCCAUCGCAUGCCCAAGAUCCCAAGAUUAUGAGUCUUCCUGACCCUUACUUCGGCAAGGAGGGAAACGAUGUGACGGAAUGGAUAAGGUACAUGGAUGUUGCCAGACCCGCCAGCCGAGAUCACUACUUUGGAAAGCCAAGCUCGGAUGUAACACAAUGGUUGAACGUUGCUGUUCCUGCUGGACCGAGUGAUGAACCGGGUGAGUUCUGGGGGCGCACCAAGUCUUAUGUCACAGAUCCUUCCUGCUCACCGAAUAUGACACCCCCUGGCAGACCCAUUGACGGAGUGGGCACCAUGGACGCGAUGACAUGGCCUGCAACAUCUAAGAUUGAUCAGGUUCCGCUUGGACAAUCCGUGAGUAAAUUCCAAUCCAUGCUAAAUGCACUGGCACGCUCCCAACGGAAGCCCUCCCAAAUAAAACCUAGGCCGAAUGCUACGGGUGGUGCAAGAAAGAGAAAUUCGCCUGGUUAUCCUGUUGGCAAAUCAGGUAAGGAAUUCCCCCCUCCAGGAUGGUCAGUGGUGGCUCCCAACUUCGAUCCCACAUACUGGGGCAAGUGCAAGUCUUAUAUCACAGACUACGCUGUCUCGCCUACGCUCACUCCACCUGGAAGACCUCUUCUUGGAGACCAAGCGAGAGAGGCGAUGACCUACUUGCCUGUGACAGAGAAACCAGAGAAGAUUCCACUCGGAAGAUCCGUGAAGCGAAUAGGGUCUCCUCGGCCGCAUUCUCCCACAAUUCAGUCCCCACAUUUGAACGACGAUCUCGGAAGUCCGACAAGGAAGCUCAGAGCCAGACUCCAUUUGACCCCACAUCCAAGUCCUCCUCCUGGUUCUCAAUCGCCUCGCCGAUCUCUGUCGGUUCCACAAAUCUCUGUCGGUUCCACAAGUCCCCUUCCUGGUUCUCAAUCGGCACCGCUGCAGUCAGCAAGCUUUCCAGGAGCCAAGUCAGUGCAAGCAUCACCAUCUCCAGUGGCCUCAAGUUCUGGUGGGUCAGCUAAGAAAGGAAGUGAAGGAAAUCUGAGAGACCAGCAAAAAACUGAUAGAGGACUUGUGAGCUCCUGCUGUGUUAAAAAGAAGCCUCGUGGAUCACCCAAACGACCAACUAUACCAUUAAUCAAGUGCAUGCAAAAUAGAUCUUCACUCGCCAAAACGAAGUUGGAUGAUAAUGCACUUGUCCGUACCGUUGCUAAAUCAUAUGAAGACCCACAUCAUGAUGUUCCUUGGUUUGGGAAAUUAAAGAAUUUUGUAACUGAUCCAGCUAUUUCUCCUAAUCUUACGCCACGAGGACAAAUAUCUCGUAGAAGUGCUGCAGAAAGAGCAGCAAGUUAUGCUAAACAGAUCAAAGUCCCUCUUAUUCAACCUUAUUUACAACCACCUAAACUUCAGGAACGUGGUAGCUGAUUCGAAAUAGUAUUCUUGUUUUCAUUCUAACAUUGGACCACCCACAUUUUGGAAAUAAUCUUUCAAUUUUGAAAAUGUGAACAUUUACACAAUAUUUGAACACAGUUUUACGAUAAGGUAAUCAAAUGAAAAGAUGGUUUCAUAAAAAAUUCACAAAUAUAGAUUAGCUCUUGUUUUCCACGAAAAACUCUAAAAUGUUGAGUGAAGAUGAGUCUUGUCCUAAGUUCUAGCUUUUGAGCUCACAUUCUGGUUAUAUUUUAAAAAACGGUCAGUUUCAUGUAAUUGUAUGAACGUCAUAUAAUUCAUUCUAACCCUAAUGAUGCCUGUCACGCUAAUUGACGUACUUUUUAGGCUUCA